AUGGCCUCUCCGAGGCUGGAAACCUUCUGUUGCCCCAACAGGGACGUCUCCACGCAGCUUGUGGUGUCUUUCAAGUCAGAAGUCUUUUGCGGGGUUUGCCUUGGCAGCGCCUCUGCCGGGAUUCUCUUGAGCGCCCUGCAACUCCUCCCGAAGAAGGAUCGGGGCUCCGGAGGAAUUUCCAAGGCUUCCUCUUCCACCACCAUCCUCCUCCUCAUCUCCGCCUGUGACAUGCUGGGCUCUCUGGGUAUAAUCUUCCGAUCUAUCGUCUGGUUAGGGUUCCCAGACUUUGUGGCAAAUAUAUCUUUAGUAAAUCAAACUGAUAUAUGGCCUGCUACAUUCUGUGUAGGAAGUGCGAUGUGGAUCCAACUUUUGUACAGUGCUGUCUUUUGGUGGCUGUUUUGCUAUGCUGUGGAUUCGUACUUGGUAGUUAGAAGAUCAGCAGGAGUAAGCACUAUUGUGUUGUACCAUAUGAUGACAUGGGGCUUGGCAAUUUUGCUGUGCAUGGAGGGAGUUGCUAUGCUCUAUUAUCCUUCAGUUUCUAGUUGUGAAAAUGGAUUGGAGCAUGCAAUUCCUCAUUAUGUCACCACAUAUAUUCCACUGGUGCUUGUUUUGAUGGUCAACCCAAUUCUUUUCAGUAGAACUGUUGUUGCUGUUGCAUCUUUAUUGAAGGGAAGGCAAGGAAUCUACACAGAGAAUGAAAGACGGCUGGGGACAGAGAUUAAAAAGCGUUUUUUCAAAAUUAUGAUGAUCAUAAUUGUUUGCUGGUCAUCAAAUAUCAUAAAUGAGGGUCUUCUGUUCUACCUUGAAAUGCAGCCAGAUAUCAGUGGAAGCUCCUUGAAAAAUAUCAGAACUGCUGCACUGAUCACAUGGAUUAUAAUGGGAGUGCUGAACCCCAUGCAAGGCUUUCUUUUCACAUUGGCUUUUUAUGGCUGGACUGGCUGGAAUCUGGACUUGCAGUGGCAGAAAAGCCCAAUUCCAUGGGAUUCUCUCUCCACCUCAACUGCGGCUGGAAAUGGCUAUGCUUUGCCAAGCGGAAACUCAGUGAAUUUCCAUGACUCAAAGAAAACAUCAACAGAGCCCAUCUAUCAGACAGAUGAAACUUUAAACAUACUGUCUGAAGGAAAUCUGGGCACCAAUGAGGGAUUAAUGAAGAAUUCUCCUAUCUACCAAGGGUGGUAAAAUUCAGGAUUCACUCAC